AUGACCGUUCAAUCGCCCUUCUUACCAAUAUUGGUGUUGGGACUGGUGUGUAGUUUGGUGCGCUGUGCUCCCUUCGCUGGCAGACAGAACAGCACCCUAGAGCGACACUGGGAAACUCUCUUCUCUCGUUCCUUGGCUCGGAUCCCCGGGGAGAAAAGAGAGAUCAGCCGGGACAGUGACUACCUUAUGGGCAUCAAAAGACUGCGGCGUCUUUACUGCAAUGUAGGCAUUGGGUUUCAUAUUCAAGUCUUACCCGACGGGAAGAUAACGGGAGUACAUAACGAAAAUCGAUACAGUCUUCUCGAAAUAUCUCCGGUGGAAAGGGGUGUUGUGACACUGUUUGGCGUUCGGAGCGGUCUAUUCGUGGCCAUGAACAGCAAGGGGAAGCUGUACGGAUCUCGCCAUUUCAAUGAAGAGUGCAAGUUUAAAGAAAAGCUCCUGGCAAAUAAUUACAAUGCCUAUGAGUCGGGGGCAUACCCGGGGAUGUACAUAGGACUGAGCAAAACCGGCAAGACGAAAAAAGGGAACCGAGUCUCCCCGGCGAUGACAGUGACACAUUUCUUGCCGAGAAUCUGA